UCUCCAGGAAUACAUGGUCUAUCGUAAGCACAUCUACAUGCGCCUCGACGGAUCCUCCAAGAUCUCAGAGCGCAGAGACAUGGUGGCGGACUUCCAGAGCCGGACGGACAUCUUUGUGUUUCUGCUGAGUACGAGGGCCGGAGGGCUCGGCAUCAACCUGACUGCUGCUGACACUGUUAUCUUCUACGACAGUGACUGGAACCCCACGGUGGACCAGCAGGCCAUGGACCGAGCUCACAGGCUGGGGCAGACCAAGCAGGUGACCGUCUACCGCCUGAUCUGUCAGGGGUCCAUCGAGGAGAGGAUCCUGCAGCGGGCCAAGGAGAAGAGCGAGAUCCAAAGGGUGGUGAUCUCAGGAGGAAACUUCAAACCCGACACACUGAAACCCAAAGAGGUGGUCAGCCUGCUGCUGGACGACGACGAGCUGGAGAAGAAACUGCGUCAGAGACAGGAUGAGAAGAAGCAGCUGGAGGAGUGCAGCAAGGUGAAAGAGCGCAAGAGGAAGCGGGAGAAGUACGCUGAGAAGCAUAAGAAGAACGAGGAGACGGAGAACAAGAAGAAGAAGGAGGUGAACCUGGUCAUCUCUCACAGUCACUCUGCAGACAACUCCAACCUCUCUGCUGACGGAGACGACUCCUUCAUCAGCAUGGACAUGGACUCAGCCAUGCCCAGUCCUUUUAGUGAGAUCUCCCUGAGCAGCGAGCUCCAGCCCGGCUCGUUGCCCCCGGACGCCGACGCCGACGAGAGCAGCAGCGACAUGCUGGUCAUCGUGGACGAUCCGGUGUCCUCGGCGCACCAGUCCCGCGCCACAAACUCCCCCUCCUCAGUGUCCGGAUCGGCCUCCGACAACAUGAAUGGUGUUUCUGCCUCGGACGCGGUUAGUCCUGGCAGAGGCCGGUCUGGGCGGAGUCGGGGGCGGCCCAAAGGAUCUGGAGGCGGGACUAAGUCUGGAGGGAAAGGACGCGGGCGCAAGUCGACAGCGGGCAGUGCGGCGGCCAUGGCAGGGGCGAUGGCCGGAGCAGCGGCUGCCUCUGCAGCAGCUUUUGCUGCGUACGGUUACAGUGUCUCUAAAG